CACCGCGGAUUCUGCUUGCGUCUUAAGCCUACUGUUUAUAUAUAUAUAUAUAUUUUUGUUAUUAUGCAAAGAUAGAAUUGUUAAAAAAGUAUCAAAAUUAAAUGGACAAGGCUGGCGGUAAUAGUGGGCAAUCGGAAACAUUGUACGAUAUUUUGAAAGUACCCAGCGAUUGCAGUGACAAGGAAAUACGCAGUGCCUAUGUUCAGUUGUCCAAGAAGUUUCAUCCGGAUGUAAAAGGCGGUGGAAAAACAAAUGAUCAACAUGCUGAUUUUCUCAAAAUCUCAGAAGCCUAUCAAACGCUUAGGACUCCGAAAACACGACGCGAAUACGAUGAACUGCUAAAAGCAUCAAAAAACAUGAGAAUUAUUGAAAUGGGAAAUUCUGCAAAGACGAUAUAUCACCGACCCUGGGAAAUAAAACCUAAUUAUGAUCCAAAUCCUGGACCCUACUAUGGCAUUAAUGGCUUCAACAGAACUACAAACUCAAAAGUGGCUGCUGCAAUUAUUCUAUUGGGAAUUGCUGGGGGUAUUUUUGGCUUUUUCUCUGUGAAACAUUCAUUUACUCUCAACCAAAAGCGUCUGGAUGAAGUAUCUGCCAAGGCUAGUGAACAUCAUCAGCGAAUAAGAGCUCAAGUACACAAUUCAACAAGAGAAGAAAAUCUGCGUCGUUUAGUUGAGCGAAUGACAAACCGCAAUGAUAGAUAAUUUUGGCUUUACUUUUAAAAAUUUAUAUUUGUACAAAUCUUGGGCAUCAACAGAUAAGUCAUAGAUUACAACUCUAUGUUAUCAGUUAAUGCAAAAAGUUUUGCUGCAAAUAUGUAUAUUUUGUAAUAAAAAUUAGCAAAUUUAUGUAGAAUCACUAUUUAGAAAAUUAGUUCUAUGAGGAUAUUUGUGUAUAUAU